AUGGAAGAGAAGUUUACAACGCAACAACCAUUUGAAAUGCAAAAUUUUUCACAAAUGGAUUUCAACCACGGGUCGGACACUUACACGGCAAAGAUAGAAGAUACCGCUUCGAAGAUCAGAAUGUAUAUCCGACCACGUCGAGAAUUUUCCGUUGGAAGCGCGAAGAUAUGUACGAUGGUUUUAUCACCUUCAGCCCCUGAGUAUGUGUUGUUGUUUCAAUGUAACACCCGUGCCGAACUUGAUGUGAUACCCAUAGACAAUAACAUUGAGGUGAAGUUGAACGGUGUUGUUAUCACAACGAAACAGCGUGUGAACAAUUUUGGCUUGAUUAGUGUGUGUGGACUCAAUUUUAGAUAUGUGACUUUCUUCGAAGAUAUUGUUAUACAACAACUCAAUUACGCCGUUUGUUGA